UUUUGCCAUGGAAAGUUUCUCAACUGAACUUCUCUGGCUUAUAAAUGUACUUAAAUAAUAGGGAAAUAAAUAGAUGGAUAGGUGUUGCAGGUGACGUGUGAAAAAUUCGCUGAAGACGCCUACACAAGGUCGACGACUUUACCAAUGGUCACUCAAACCAAGUCAAGGGUGUCUUCAUUGACAUUAUACAUUACAUCGAUUUCAUUAAACGUGAAGGUCUUAUUCCGAUGUAAUGUAAGCAAUAGAAAAAAGAAUAGUUAUUCAAGAGCAAGUAGUGUUAGAAGCGGCUUUUGGAAUGGCGUUUCAUCAGUGCCUUUUUCUAUUUAGUUUACUCUUAUGCAACUGUCAGGCGCAGAUUGCAAAUUUAUUUAAUUCGGCCCGCGAAGUGUUCGCCAAUGAAAGGAUUUAUGACCGAAACUUUCAAUUAAACACCGAGUACGAUUUUAUAGUGGUUGGUGCGGGAUCGGCAGGUUGUGUAGUGGCUAAUAGGCUGAGCGAAAAUUCAAAGUGGACAGUGUUACUUUUAGAAGCCGGAGGCGAAGAAAACUAUUUCACGGAUAUUCCGUUGCUAGCCCCAUUUCAAUCGUCCACAAGGUUUAACUGGGACUUCGCCACGGAGCCGUCUAACAAACAUUGUUUGAGUCUCAAAAAUAAGAGAUGUAAUUUACCGCGAGGUAAAGCGAUAGGAGGUACGUCCGUAAUUAAUUUUCUCUUGUACUCCCGUGGCAGUAAAUUCGAUUACAAUCAAUGGAGGGAUUACGGCAACAGCGGAUGGGGAUACGAUGACGUAUUACCCUACUUUAAGAAAUCGGAAAAUUCUUCCCAGAUAGUUAAUCGGGAUAGCAAGUAUCGGGGAGAUUUUGGACCUUUAUGCGUUGAGCAUUCUCCUUUCCGAACACCCUUAGUCGAGGCUUUUUUGAAAUCGGGUCGUGAUUUAGGAUUUAAAAUCGGAGAUCCCAAUGGACCUUCAAUAAUCGGAUUUUCAAGGGCUCAAGCCACCAUGAGAAGUGGAAGACGCUGUAGCGCUGCCAAAGCGUACCUACGACCGAUUCUCAAACGAUCAAAUCUGUACAUUUUGAGUAACGCUCGAGUUACGAAAAUAUUAAUAAGUCAACGCCGGACUACUGGUGUCGAGUUCAAAAUAAAUCACACAUUUUAUAAAGUGUCAGCGAAAAAAGAGGUGAUACUGUCGGCAGGUUCGAUCAACACACCCCAAUUAUUAAUGUUGUCAGGGGUUGGUCCACAAAAACACUUAAACAAGUUCAAUAUUUCAGUAAUAAAAAAUUUAAAAGUAGGCUAUAAUUUACAAGAUCAUGUCAGCCUGCCAUAUACUUUUCUCAUAAACGAUAGUGUGACGAUAUCAGAUUUGGGAGUUCAAAAUCCUUCAGAUAUACUAAAUUAUUGGUUAAAUAGGAACGGCCCCCUAACCAUCCCUGGAGGAGCGGAGGCUUUAGCAUUCGUAAAAACAAAACUUAAUAAACAUUUGGGAGACUUUCCAGAUUUGGAACUCGUCUUAGGUUCCGGUGGUUUUAACGGCGACCUUUUCGGAAGUCUGCGAAAAACGUUUAAUUUUCCAAACAAAUUAUUCCGUGAUAUAUAUGGACCUAUAUUGUUUUCACCAGCGUUCAGCAUCACUACCGUUUUAUUACAACCAAAAAGUAGAGGAAGGGUAAGACUAAAAGAUGGCAAUUCGUUAAGUCAGCCUUCAAUCGAUCUGAACUACUUCGCUGAUGAAUUGGACCUCCAUGUUAUGGUUGAAGGAUUUAAACAUGCGAAACUGAUCGGCGAAUCGAAACAAUUCAGAAAAUACAACUCCACUUUCCACACAUUUACAAUUCCUGCCUGUACCCAUUUACCCAAACUAUCUGACAAGCACACAGCUUGUUUAGUCAGAAACUUAGCUACAACUCUGGGUCACCAAGUGGGAACCUGCAAGAUGGGACCAGCAAACGAUCCGGAUGCCGUGGUGGAUGCGGAACUGAAGGUCUAUGGGAUAAGAGGUCUACGUGUGAUUGAUGGUUCUAUAAUGCCCAAUAUAAUUGCCGGUCAUCCUAAUUCGGUCAUUAUGAUGAUUGCCGAAAAGGGGUCUGAUAUCAUUAAAGAUGCUUGGAAAUAA